AUGUCUACUCCAGAAUCUCCAUUUUCAUCAAACUUGGCCCCAGAAGAAAUCAUUCAAGAAUACGUGAAGCCGGCUGAAUCGAUCGAGGAUUUAGAUAUUCAUGAAAAAGUUGCUGAUGAAAAUGAAAAAGAAGCUGAAUAUCAAUCUGCUGAAGAAGAAGACGAAGAAGAGAACAAUCAAGACUUCCAUAGAUCCGUUCCAGAACCUUUUGGUUUUUCAAGCUUGGCACCAGAAACAGAGAUUCAAGAUGAGCAAGCCCCUAAUCCAAAUGCAAUUUCUAAAGAUUUUGAAGAAACUGAGGAAGCCGAAUCUUCAGUUUCAACUUUGGCGGAUGUAGACGACACAGCUAGAUUUGAAAAAGAAGAAGACGCUGAAGCUCCAACUGAAAUCGAGGAACUUGAAGUGCUUUCUUCCAGAGAAGCUAAUGAAGGUUCAAUGAUGCACCAAGAUGUUGCCAAUCCUGAAUCCGAACCCCAGAGUACACUUGCAAACGAUGCCCCAGCUGAGAAUUAUCAUGAAGAUCAUUCGAUCAGUGAUUUGACAGAUGAAGACGAGCUCAAUGAUGUAGAAGAAGAAGAAGAUCCAAUUAUUCCCCAGAACACUGCCUCCUACACCCAGGAUAGCUUUGAAGAUUUUUUGGAACAACAUCGAUUUUCUGUUCCACAUUCCAAAAUGGAGGAAAUUGAAAAACGGGAAGAUUGCAAAGAAACUUCGACGUCCUUCUGGGAUCAAGUUUGGCCAACUUCUGAGAAACCAGCCGGAAAUGAGGGUGAAAAAGGUGAGGCUUUGAAUCCAAAUAAUGCUUCAAAAAGUGAUUCAGAAGUUGAAUCACAGCAACAUGGUGGCGACGAAGAUUGCCAACCCGAAGAAAAGAAUAAUUCGGAAUACGUGGUUCUAGAAAGUGGAACUGCUGAAACAUCCAAUGGUGAGAGAUCAACACAUCAUGCUCUUGAAUCACAAGAAGCACUUCUGAAAUCGCCAACUAUAGAGAAGAGAGAUGAGAAGCAUGAAUCAGGUCCUUCCUCUCUUCCAAGCUUUACUAGUUCGUCCAUCUCUUCGGUGGAAGAAUAUUCUCCUGAUUUACCUGGAUACGGAAAAGAAGAAAAGGCAGUAGAUUGUUUCGAACACUCGUCGACUUCCAACGAACCAAUUGUCCACAGAGUGAUUAGCAAUGAUGCAGAAGUUGCUUCUUCUGAACAUCAAGAAGAUUUGGAGACAAGAAAGCGAAAAGUGGAUCUAGAUGUCGUCGAGGAAGAUGUCGUCGAGAAGAGAGUGCGGUUGGAGGAAAAAGCUCUGGUUGCUCGAGAAAGCUCUGAAGAUUCUGGAUCUUCGGUAGACGAUCGUGAGUCGCCAUUGAAAGAAGAUUCCCCUGAACUUCUCGAUUCUCCACUUCCUCAACCAGAAAAUCGAGAACGACCACGACAAGAAGCUCCGCAAGUUUCACAAUCUGACCAAGAAGUGGCAUCAACUGAACCUGAUGAGGAUAAAAUUCUUGACUUCCUGGAUAUUUGGUGUGAACAACGCUUGGUUCUCGAUAAGACUACAGAUAUACUAAAUUCUUUAAAUUUGUAUUCUUUUAAUAAAAAGGUCAUUUUAUCUCAUGAUUCAUGCUCCCACAGAUUCCAUCCCCCGCACAUUCCUGUCUAA